GACGCUGUUCUCAAGAGUUCGUUGGACCUUGGGAAUAAUCCGUUCUGGGUCUUUCCCUUUCCAACAGCCGCAGGACCCGGUGAAGUAGUUUAGUGACGGCCUAGAAUUCGGUUGCCAUUUCCAGAUCUCGUCGGCAGCCGAAACAGUUGGCGGAUUGGCCUUCUGCACACAGUACUCGGUUCUUGUUGAGAUCCCGAGUCGGUACCGAAACUAACUGUCGUCUUACGGGGAAAGCGGGGUGGCUGUUCGGUGCAGGCACACUUGGAGAAGUGACUUAGGAGUAGCCCUGGUUAAUAUUAAUGUUAUAAUUAAUAAAAGAACACCUUUCAAGUGCUCAAAAUCUGUCAGGUCUACUUAUGAAAUAAAGGGAUUGUAUUCCUUUUUUAAAGUAAGGGACGCGGUGGGUCAGUGGCUAAGACGCUUGUCGAUCCGAAGGUCGGUAGUUCCUUAGCGCCGCCUGACGGGGUGAGCUCUUCGGCUUAGAAACGGAGCCCCUAAGACCCGGAAAACGGGGGAACCUUUGUACCUUCACGGUUCUGGAUGGUCAUAGAGAAAAACUGUCUCUGGGAUCGUUAGUAGAUCGAAAACGACUUUGAUCACAUACAAUCAAAUGCUAUUUAUUCUUGGUCGGGUUGCCCACAAGUUAAUUUGAAAAAGGGUGUUCGUGCCUAUUAAAAUAGACUUUUCCAUGCCUGGCUAACCCCCCCCCCCCCAAAGUCCUAUAGUAAUUCAAUUAGGCCAACGAUCCGGAGGGCAAAAUGUUGGGGUAGGCUGUUUCUUUACAUUCCUAAUUCUCCACUGUUAACAAAAAUUUGACUACUGUAUACUCAUUUUUCAUUUUGCUUUUUUUCUGGGCCUCUUGUUUUUUUAAAAAAAAAUGUUAACAAGCAAGUUAGGAAAUUAUCUUGGGGCAGCAUCACACUUUUUUUUUUGGUAUUUGUAUCACUUUCUUGAUGCUGAAAUACACUCAGAUGAAAAAGAAAUGUGGCAUCUCUACAUUCUUUUUCUUACAUAGCUUGUUUAAAAAAUGUUGGAAUUAUAAUUUUGCAUUACAUGAUGCUAUUUUCCUAAGCUUUUGUUUCUGAUCUAAUUCCAGUAUGUCCCUUAAGUUAAAAUUGGGUAAGGUGAUGGGAAUUAGGAUCACUAGGAAAUAGCUUGAUGUACAUGAAGUGAAUCUUAAGGUGAAUGUGAAGAAGCUCCUUACUACAAAGCCAUCAGAAGUGAUUGCUCUUUUCAGAGAAGACAGGUCUUAUUAAAACCCACAUUUAUAGUCUUGCAACAAAUGAAUGCAUUGAUUAGCCAGUACAAUCAAUCAAUGAAUGUCUUUUGCCCUUAAUCCCUUGUGGCUGAGCUGAGUUGUAAAUUUGUUGCCUUAGCAGCAUUAAAGCAAGCAAAUUUAUUGUCCUUUCUCUUGGGCAUUGAACUUCAAGAAGGUUGUUGAGACUUUGGAAAGAAUGCUGAGAAAAACUAUGUGGCUGGAUAUUAUUUACUCUUUCUGUAUUUUAAAAUGGAAUUGCACUCAGUCAUGAAUAAAUAGACAGUAGGCAUCUAUCUAUCUAUCUAUCUAUCUAUCUAUCUAUCUAUCUAUCUAUCUUGUAUAGAUUUGUGCUGAACUGUAUUAGGGUUUCAAUAUUCUGAUACCCUGUGUCCAGUUGGAGAGACCUUUCAAGAACUCUUCACAGUUUCUUAGGUUUAAGAAAGAUAUGAAUCUGAUACUGUACAUAUCAACAUGUUCCCAUCUUGUCCCUGACACAGCAUUCUCUAAUAAUGGUGCUCAUACCACCUGCUGAAGAAGGCAAUGUAACAGUAGUGGUCUGAGUGCAGUCACAGACUCUACGAGAGCAAGUAGGAAACCGGCAAAGAACAGUGAAAGUGCUCAGGGACAGCAUGCUAGUGUUUGACCCUGAAGAAACAAGCCUGCUGGGCUUCCAAAUUCAUGAGUCUGUCUCCCAGAAGAAAGACAAGAAUAUGAAGUUUAUUUUUGAUCAGGUGUUUGGAGAAAUGGCUACCCAAGUGGAAGUCUUUGAGAACACAACUAAAGAGAUCCUGAAUGGUGUGCUGAGUGGCCACAAUUACUCUGUAUUUGCAUAUGGUGCAACAAGAGCUGGUAAAACAUAUACCAUGUGGCUGGGAUCAGAGAAGGAACCUGGUAUCAUGUACCUCACCAUGAAGUAGCUGUAUAAGAAAAUAGAGGUUAAAAAGGAAGAGAAAUUCUGUGAGGUGUUAAUCUCCUAUCAAGAGGUAUAUAAUGAGCAGAUUUAUGAUAUUUCGGAUCAGAGUCCACUGGCUAUUCGGGAAAAUCCAGAGAAAGGUGUCUUGGUGCAAGGUCUUUCAGUUCAUAAGAUGAGUCCAAAAUCUGCUAUGCAGUUUCUAGAGAUGCUGAAGCAAGGAAAUCUGAACUGUACCCACCACCCCGCAGACAUUAAUGCCACUUCUUCACAAUCUCAUGCAAUCUUCCAGAUCUGCGUGAAGCAGCAAAACCUUGUGGUGGGCAUGCAUCAGGAUCAACUAGUGGCAAAAACGAGCCUGGUUGAUUUGGUUGGCUCUGAAUGUGCCUCUGCUGCCAACACCAAAGGAGAACAACUCCAUGUGGGUGCCAACAUCAAUCGAUCCCUACUGGCUCUUAUCAAUGUUACUAAUGUCCUGGCAGAUGCCAAGAGUAAAAAAAUCCACAUUCCAUACUGGGACAGCAAGCUAACGCGCCUCCUAAGGGAUUCUAUUGGUGGAAACCGUUGGACCCUCAUGACUGCAGCUAUUAGCUCCUCCAUACUUUCCUAUGAGGACACAUACAACACCCUCAAAUAUGCAAACUGGGCUAAAAAAAUCAAACUUUUAAUCAGAAGAUACUUGCAAAAGUGUUGCAAAAGGAUGAUUGCACAGAAAUGGGACCUUCCCAAAUUCUCUCCAGUUUCAAAUCUCAUAGAAUUAUUUUAUUGCAGGCUUAUAAUAGCUACUCUGCUGGUAGCCAAGAAACAGUACAAUUGGUUGAAAGUCACCAACCUACUUACUCCUGAAAUUAUAGCACAGUUUGAAGAGCUGACUUCCAUACUUCAUCAAGAGUUCCAUGGAGCACUAAACAUUUCCGUUUUGGAUGGGCAUGAUGAAGAACCAGAUGUGCAACAAUUUAUGAAUCACGAUGAUUCUUUGGCUAUCCUCCCUGCCAAUCUUCCUGCAACCAAGCAUGCCAGUCCUAAAGUCAAUCCCAGAAUUCAACCUGCUGAACCAGAAGCUGAGCUGAUUCCACAUGCUCUCUUGAACAAGAGAACAACAAAGAAGAGGAGGAAGGAUCCGUUGAAAAGAUCAACAGAUCCAGAACAAACUUUCUACUUCUCACUUGCCAAGCAGCUGCAUUGGUAGGUUCCAUAAAGUCUUCAGAUUGAGAAUGCACCAGGUAAAUUUGCUUUAGGAAGUCAAUGGGCAUAUUCCAUAUUGUAAUUUCAGUGAUUUUGGGAUGGAGUUUCAGUUGGUAGUGGAAAAUCAGAGAAAAUGGAAUUAAUGAAAAAGUUUCUUAUUUUAAAGGGCUAUUGUUCUAUUCUCAAAUGAGUGUUGUAGAAGUAUUGAUGCUGAUUUAUAUUUUCUGUUCAUUCGUAUUUGUAUUGGCAAAACAUGUGCAUUCAUAUUUGCAAAAGCAUGGAAAUUACAAGUUAGGAUGAUCAGGAAGGCAGGGCGGAGGAUUUCGGACAAUACCAGUAUGACAAAAUCGCUCAGAUCCGGGGGGAUUUGGACUCUGACUGGGUAGAUCAGGGCAGGGUGACAAGGAAUAGUCUUGAGAAUGUUAUCUGGGAGGAGUUUGAUGCUGUGACUCCCGAUGAUGUGGAUAGGAUUUUGGGGAGACUUAGUGCGGCCACAUGUUUACUGGACCUGUGUCCCUCCUGGUUGGUACUGGCUUCCCGGGAGGUUACAUGAGGCUGGCUCCAGGGUGUUAUCAACGCUUCGUUGAGUGAGGGUCACUUCCCCGCUGCCUUGAAAGAGGCAGUGGUCAGGCCUCUCCUCAAGAAGCCGUCCCUGGAUCCGGCAAUAUUGGCCAAUUACCGUCCUGUCUCCAACCUUCGCUUCAUGGCGAAGGUUGUUGAGAGUGUGGUCGCGCGACAGUUUCCACAAUUCCUGGAGGAAACAUCCUAUCUAGAUCCGUUCCAGUCGGGUUUCAGGUCUGGGCACAGCACGGAAACGGCAUUGGUCGCGUUGGUGGAUGAUCUCUGGAGGGCUCGGGACAGGGGUUGCUCCUCUGUUCUGGUCCUGUCAGAUCUCUCAGCGGCUUUUGAUACCAUCGACCAUGGUAUCAUGCUGCACCGGCUGGAAGAGUUGGGGGUUGGAGGCACCGUGUUGCGGUGAUUCUCCUCCUUUCUCUCCGACCAGUCGCAGUUUGUGUUGGCAGGGGGGCAGAGGUCGACCUCGAGGCCUCUCAUUUGUGGAGUGCCGCAGGGAUCGGUCCUCUCGCCCCUUCUGUUCAACAUUUAUGUGAAGCCGCUGGGCGAGAUCAUCCGUGGCUUUGGGGUAAGAUACCACCAGUACGCUGAUGACACCCAGCUGUACAUCUCCACCCCAGGCCACCCCAACGAUGCCCUUGAAGUGAUGUCCAAGUGCCUGGAGGCUGUGCGGAUCUGGAUGGGGAGGAACAGGCUCAGGCGCAACCUUUCCAAGACUGAGUGGCUGUGGCUCCCGGCAUCCCGAUAUAGUCAGUUGACUCCAUCACUGACUAUUGGGGGCGAGUCUUUGGCCCCCACAGAAAGGGCUUGCAAUCUGGGAGUCCUCCUGGAUAUUCAGCUGUCCUUGGAGAAACAUCUGACAGCUGUAACCAGGGGGGCCUUUUGUCAGGUUCGCCUGAUUCGCCAGUUGCGGCCCUUUCUUGAUCGAGAUUCCCUGUGCACAGUCACUCACGCCCUCGUCACCUCUCGCCUUGACUACUGCAACGCUCUCUACAUGGGGCUCCCCUUGAAGAGCACCCGGAGGCUCCAACUGGUCCAGAAUGCAGCAGCGCGGGUAGUGAU